AUGUUUCGGAUGGGCUCCUCUUCAGGCACCCUUCUCUUGGUGUCCUUCUUCCACAUCAGCCAUCCUUGGUCAGUGAAUAAUUUCCUGAUGACUGGUCCCAAGGCGUACCUCAUCUACUCCAGCAGCGUUGCAGCUGGUGCCCAGAGCGGCAUCGAGGAAUGCAAGUUCCAGUUCGCCUGGGACCGCUGGAACUGCCCGGAGAGGGCCCUGCAGCUCUCCAGCCACGGAGGCCUGCGCAGCGCAAACCGGGAGACGGCCUUCGUGCACGCCAUCAGCUCCGCCGGCGUCAUGUACACGCUGACGCGCAACUGCAGCCUUGGGGAUUUCGACAACUGCGGGUGCGACGAUUCACGCAAUGGGCAGCUUGGAGGGCAGGGCUGGCUGUGGGGUGGCUGCAGCGACAACGUGGGCUUCGGCGAGGCCAUCUCCAAGCAGUUCGUGGAUGCGCUGGAGACCGGGCAGGAUGCCAGGGCCGCCAUGAACCUGCAUAACAAUGAGGCCGGCAGGAAGGCGGUGAAGGGGACCAUGAAGAGGACCUGCAAGUGUCACGGCGUCUCCGGCAGCUGCACCACGCAGACCUGCUGGCUGCAGCUGCCCGAGUUCCGGGAGGUGGGCGCGUACCUGAAGGAGAAGUACCGCCGCGGGCUCAAGGUGGACCUGCUGCAGGGCGCCGGUAACAGCGCCGCCAGCCGGGGCGCCAUCGCGGAGACCUUCCGCUCCAUCUCCAAGAAGGAGCUCGUGCACCUGGAGGACUCGCCCGACUACUGCCUGGAGAACAAGACGCUGGGCCUGCUGGGCACCGAGGGCCGCGAGUGCCUGCGGCGCGGCAAGGCGCUCAGCAAGUGGGAGAAGCGCAGCUGCCAGCGCCUGUGCGCCGACUGCGGGCUGGCCGUGCGCGAGCAGCGCGCCGAGGCGCUCUCCAGCUGCAACUGCAAGUUCCACUGGUGCUGCGCCGUGCGCUGCGAGCAGUGCCGCAAGCGCGUCACCAAGUACUUCUGCGUGCGCCCGGGCGAGCGCGGCGCGCCCGCCCGCAAGCCCCGCAGGCGGCAGCCCUAG